AUGGUGAUACCUAGCUUUCCGACAUCUGAUAUCAACUUCAUCGAAUCCAGAGUGUCGUUCAUCAUCGGUGGAAGCAUGUGGGAUGCCCACGGAUUUCUGGAAUAUGUUUUGGACCGUUCCUUUGGAGAGAAAGUGAUCAACCUUCUCAAGGAUAUCGGUUUGUAUAACUUUGUUACCCAUUUGUACACUUAUUGGUUUCCUGUUGACGUUGCGCAGUUUUAUCUAAAUGCGAAUGUUUCCGCCGAUGGAUCGGAAAUCACCUCCGAAGUCAAUAGCACCACCGUGAUAAAGAACAAGCACGGGCCAAUCGAGAUAACCUGGUCGUUGAAGAAGAAAUGGCUGAAGAUGGACUAUGAAUUUACCGUGGAUAUUUUCAAUAAAGUUGUUGAGCACAAAACCUCGAGAACUGAUGAUGUCACGAAGGAUAAGUUCAAAAUGCUGCAUGCUUUCCUCGGAGGAUACAAGCCAUCUUCUUGCCACGAAGAAAGUCCCUUCACGAGCAGGAGUCUCACCGAGACGAAAGCGUGCAAUGUCAGCGGAUUAAAAGAUGACGAAGGAAGGGAAAUUGAUCCUGAAGAUGAAGAAGAAGAUGAUGGCAAGAACUCCAAUUCGGGUAAACAUGUUGAAGAAGAUAACAAUACUGAUGAAGACCCUGAAAACCAAGAAGAUGAAGAAGCUGAUGAUGACAAAUCAGAUGAUGAGCAGGCUGACUCUCAUGGAGAUGAUGGGUAUGAUGAUGAUGACGAAGGAAAGGACGAUAAUCAUAAUGAUGAUUCAGAUGAUGAUCACGAUGGUGAUGACCACUCAGACUAUGAUAGUGACUCUCCUAUCCUAGGCAACUUACCCGAACGUCCACAGGCUCCUCGCCAAUCUCCGCCGAAAGAAGAUUCCACCUAUCAGCUACCUCUCGCCAUUCUACCUCCCAUCCAAGAGAAAGUUCGUGAUGAAAACGUGGAUGCAUCACCAAGUGAUGACAGCCGGGAAGCAUCACCUCAAAUGCCUGAUCGUGAACCUAGCAUGGACUAUCUUAGUCUAGAGCACAUCAUGCAACAAGUUCUAAAUGCUCUUUUUAAUGCUGAGGUUAUUCACAUGCAAUAUCUUGAUCAACAACAAAAAGAUAGCAAAAACAUAGCUGAAUUUUCUGCCAAAGUGGAUCACAUGAUGCAAACCAUGCAAACAAUGUCUCGUCCGCAACCUGGUCCCUCCAUUCCAAUUACUCACAGCAAUCUUGAACCAGAGCUUUGUCAACAAAGAACCAUCCUUGAACGGAUUGCAAAAGAACAACAUGUUCUCAAACACGCUCAUUUCAGUCUCAAAGAACGAGUGGAUCUUGGUUGUACAAAGAUAGAUCUCGGGCAUGACAACAUGUACAAAAUGGCUGAAUAUCAACUCACCAUGCUUGAGUAUGUUAAAGAUGUUCUUCUUGCGGUUCAAAGUUUGUCCAAAUUCUCCAACACCCCGUGCGAUGAUGCCAAAAAGGGGGAAAAGUCAAGAAAGGAUGAUGAUGACAAAGAUGAAGAUAGGAACAGAUCACCACAACGUAGAAAUGAACCAAGGCGAACCAAUGAUUCUUCCAUAAGACAUGACGAAAGAAGAAAUCCUUCUCCAAGGAACACGAGAUCAACCCCUCCAGAAUCCAGAUCUCGGCAACAACAAUCCUCCAGAUCCAGACAACAACAUUCGGUGAAACCCCGACAAUCUUUCGGUUCCAAUUCUGAAUUCUCGUUCUCUGGAAAGACAAAUAGAGAGAAAAGAAAUCUUUGUCAAAGGCUGCUACGUAAUGAAAAUGUUACUAUGGAUGCCGUAGGAAAUUUUCACACAUAUCGACCAUAA